AUGGGAGAUGACAGUAACAUGGGAGGUGACAGUAACAUGGGAGGUGACAGUAACAUGGGAGGUGACAGUAACAUGGGAGAUGUGGGUAGCAUUGGAGGCAACAGUAACAUGGGAGGCGACAGUAACAUGGGAGGUGCGAGUAACAUGGGAGGUAGGAGUAACAUGGGAUGUGACAGUAACAUGGGAGUUGACAGUAACAUGGGAGGUGACAGUAACAUGGGAUGUGACAGUAACAUGGGAGGCAACAGUAACAUGGGAGGCGACAGUAACAUGGGAGGCGACAGUAACAUGGGAGGGGGUAUCUUUGAGACCCUUGAGAAUGAGCCCAUUAGUGUGGAGGAGCUGGCCUUUAAAUUCGCUGCGACAAACAUCAACAGGAACCGGACCUUAAUGCCCAACACCACCCUGACCUACGACAUCCAGAGAAUAAACCUCUUCGACAGCUUCGAAGCCUCCAGAAGAGCCUGUGACCAGUUGGCUCUGGGUGUCGGGGCGGUGUUUGGUCCUUCUCACAGCUCCUCCGUCAGUGCUGUCCAGUCCAUCUGCAAUGCUCUGGAGGUACCCCAUAUUCAGACCCGGUGGAAACACCCCUCUGUGGACAACAAGGACAGCUUCUACAUCAACCUGUACCCAGAGUAUGCCUCCAUCAGCAGAGCCAUACUGGACAUCGUACAGUACUACAAGUGGAAGACAGUCACCGUGGUUUACGAGGAUGCAACUGGGUUAAUUCGUCUUCAGGAGCUGAUCAAAGCUCCGUCCAGGUACAGCAUCAAGAUUAAGAUUCGCCAGCUGCCUACGGAGAGUAAAGACGCCCGGCCGUUACUAAAGGAGAUGAAGAAGGGGAAAGAGUUCUAUGUCAUCUUCGACUGUUCCUACCAGACCUCCGCAGACGUACUCAAACAGAUCAUGUCCAUGGGGAUGAUGACUGAGUAUUACCACUUCUUCUUCACUACUCUGGACCUAUUUGCUCUGGACCUGGAGCCGUACAGGUACAGCGGUGUGAACAUGACCGGGUUCCGCCUCCUCAACAUAGACAACCCGCAGGUCGCCUCCGUGGUCGACAAGUGGUCCAUGGAGCGCCAGCAGGCCCCGCCCAAACCAGAGACGGGCAUGCUGGAUGGCAUGAUGACGACUGAGGCAGCGUUGAUGUAUGAUGCUGUGUACAUGGUGGCAGCAGCCUCCCAGCUCUCCACUCAGAUCACUGUCAGCUCACUGCAGUGCCACAGACACAAACCCUGGCGCUUCGGAGCACGAUUCAUGAACAUGUUCAAAGAGGCAACGUGGAACGGUUUGACAGGACAGAUCAUUAUAAACAAGACAGACGGUUUGAGGAAAGACUUUGACCUGGACGUCAUCAGUCUGAAGGAAGACGGCUUGGAGAAGACGAUCGGGGGCAAUAGCCACCUCAAUAAAGUGUGGAAAAAGAUUGGAUUGUGGAACUCCAACAAUGGCCUUAACCUUACGGAAAGCCUGAAGGAUACGGGGACUAACAUCACAGAUUCUAUGGCCAACAGGACUCUGGUCGUCACUACUAUCCUGGAAAACCCUUACGUCAUGUAUAAGAAGUCUGACAAGCCUCUCUACGGUAACGACCGGUUCGAAGGUUACUGCCUGGACCUACUGAAGGAGCUGUCCAACAUCCUGGGAUUUGCCUACGAGGUUAAACUGGUAUCUGACGGGAAGUAUGGCGCUCAAAACGAUAAGGGAGAAUGGAACGGCAUGGUGCGGGAACUCAUAGACCAUGUAGCAGACCUGGCUGUGGCUCCUCUGACCAUCACCUAUGUGAGAGAGAAGGUGAUAGACUUCUCUAAGCCCUUCAUGACUCUGGGCAUCAGUAUCCUGUACCACAAACCCAACGGCACCAACCCCGGAGUGUUCUCCUUCCUCAACCCCCUGUCUCCUGACAUCUGGAUGUAUGUACUACUGGCCUGCCUCGGAGUCAGCUGUGUCCUGUUUGUCAUCGCCAGGUUUACCCCCUAUGAGUGGUACAACCCUCACCCCUGUAACCCCGACUCUGACGUGGUGGAGAACAACUUCACUCUCAUCAACUCCGUCUGGUUUGGGGUGGGAGCUCUGAUGCAGCAAGGGUCUGAGCUGAUGCCUAAAGCCCUGUCUACGAGGAUAGUAGGUGGCAUCUGGUGGUUCUUCACCCUCAUCAUCAUCUCCUCUUACACGGCCAACCUGGCUGCCUUCCUCACCGUGGAGAGGAUGGACUCCCCCAUCGACUCGGCUGACGACCUGGCCAAGCAGACUAAGAUAGAGUAUGGAGCUGUGAGAGACGGAUCAACCAUGACCUUCUUCAAGAAAUCCAAGAUCUCCACCUAUGAGAAGAUGUGGGCGUUUAUGAGCAGCAGGAAGAACACAGCUCUGGUGAAGAACAACAGGGAGGGGAUCCAGAGAGUCAUGACCACAGACUACGCUCUCCUCAUGGAGUCCACCAGCAUCGAGUACAUCAGUCAGAGGAACUGUAACCUCACGCAGAUCGGAGGCCUCAUAGACUCUAAGGGCUACGGCGUAGGCACUCCUAUAGGCUCCCCCUACAGAGACAAGGUGACCAUCGCCAUCCUGCAGCUCCAGGAAGAAGGGAAGCUCCACAUGAUGAAGGAGAAAUGGUGGAGAGGGAACGGUUGUCCUGAGGAGGACAGUAAGGAGGCCAGCGCCUUGGGAGUGGAGAACAUCGGCGGUAUUUUCAUAGUGCUAGCAGCCGGACUGGUUCUCUCUGUGUUUGUAGCUAUCGGAGAGUUCAUUUACAAAUCCAGGAAAAACUUGGACAUAGAGGAGGUGAGUGUGGGACAGUGUGAGUGGCAUCACAAGUACUAA